GCGCCUCGCUGGACGCCGACGACAGGGGCGGCGCCGCCUUCCCCAAGGCCUUCGACAGAGACCUCGUCACUCCCACGCCUCUUCAGCAACAAACAACGGAAGAAAGGCGAAAGUCACUACUGGACCACCACUGGGCAAUUCCAAGCAAGGAUAGGAUGUCUAUUGACCAAGGAAGUGAGGUAUCAUCAAGCGCCGACCACGGUAAAGAGGAGAGUCUCGAAGCUUCGAUCGCUGAGGGCUCGGAGGCGGAGCGGUCGGGUAGCGCGGCGGAGGGCGCGGAGGGCGAGGGGGGCGAGGGCGAAGGUGGAGGUGAGGAUGGAGACGCGGCUCACCUCGUCAAGCUGUCCUACCACGAUUCGGGCAUCGACAUCCGAGACCCCCUGCUGCACGUCAACCCUGCCAACAAGAAGGUGUAUAGCGACGCAGAUAUAGUGCUGUCAGCUGACUGGGUUCCUCCGGUGUGCCUGCCUCGCUCCGAGCCCCCCCUCUCCGCUCCUCCGCUGGGAGAGAACGAGAGAGCCCCGCGCAAGCCAGCCGCUGUCUCAUUCUCCCUCGACGGUAACCAGAAGGAGGAUCCAGGAAAACCCGAUAAAAAGAAUAAGAUGCUUAAACGCCUGUCAUACCCACUGUCGUGGGUAGAAGGCCUGACGGGCGAAGCGCCGCAAGGCGCUCACAGUGAAUCGCUACCUUCAUCGGCGGACACGCAGAACUCUACCUCGGUCUUUUCCAAAGUUUUCAACAGACGUAGCUCGCUGGGCGGCUUCGGUCGCUCUCACGCCAAGGCGAGCAGCGCCACGCAGCCUAGGCUCGACUAUCGUAGCAUGGUGUCAGUGGACGACAUGCCCGAUCUAUUCGCCUCUUUUGAUAAGUUGAUCCCGCGGCCGGCGCGGCCGAGCGACGACCCGCCGCUGUACCUGCGCCUGCGCAUGGGCAAGCCGGCCGGCCGCCCGCUGCCGCGCUCCACGCCGCUCAUGUCCUACGGCCGCAAGCGCAUGAAGCCCGAGUACUGGUUCGGGAUCCCGAGGAACAGGGUGGACGACCUGUUCAAGUUCCUGACGCACUGGGUGCCGGAGCGGUACGGGCCGCUGCGCGACGUGGCGGCGCUCGGCUACGAGCUCAUCGACAGCGACACCGAGUGGGACGACGACGACGCCAAGCCCGGCCAGAAGGAUCGCUCCGGCAGCACUGGCGAUGUCUCGGACAUCACAAGAGAAUCUUGGGAGGUGUUGUCGAUGAGCGAUGAGCUGCGGCGCGCGUUGUACUCGUCGGGCGCGUCCGUCGACAUGGAGUUCUCGCCACCCGACCUCAUCGGUACCUCAGAGAUAUUCACUAUGGAGCACAGAGAGAAGCUGUGCAGCGUGCUACCGGCGCGCGCGCAGGGCUACAUGUGGUCGCUCGCGUUCAGCACGAGCCAGAACGGCUUCUCGCUCGCCUCCAUGUACCGCAAGAUGCAGCGCGUCGACAGCCCCGUGCUGCUCGUCAUUCAGGACACGGACAACAACGUGUUCGGAGCCCUGACAUCGUGUGCGUUACGGCCGUCUGAACACUUCUACGGCACGGGCGAGUCUUUACUGUUCUCGUUCCAGCGUAUUGAAGAGAGGCGUCCUUCACAGCCAGUCCAACAUUCACCCGAGGAGGGGCAGAAAGAUGAGAAGGACAAAGAGGAAACAAAAGAGGAAAAAGAAGAAGCAGAAGUUAAAACAAAAUUCAAGUAUUGGGGCUGGACAGGUGACAACAUGUACUUCAUUCGCGGAAGUAACGAUAACAUUUCAAUUGGUGCUGGAGACGGCAAGUUCGGGCUGUGGCUGGACGGCGACCUGUACCUGGGCCGCACGCAGCGCUGCACGACGUACGGCAACGAGCCGCUCACCACGCGCGAGGACUUCAUCGUCAAGAUCAUGGAGUGCUGGACCUUCAUCUGAGCGUCGCAUAAACUUUACUGACCUACGAUAUUUGCUACAUACGAAACUUUUACACGUCGGUUCGACUUUGUCCGCGCUCGGCUCGGCUCGUGUCGGCUCGCGUCGGCCCGCAUCGGCUCGCCGGCCGAGACGAUCCGAGUCGCGUAUUUCUAGUCAAACGUACUGAAUACCCGACCAAUGUUUUCACUCUGCGAAUUUAGGCGCGUUCGGAUCGACCCGCAAGCGAGUGCAUCAAACCUAGUCAAUUGUCGUUCGUUUAGUCGCGACGGUCCGCGAGGGCCGUCCGUAACGAUUACGUGUCAAUUCAAUUAAUACUGUGCAUUGUUGUUAAGGAAAUUAAAAAAAAAAAACAUAUUUGUAUCGGAAGAUUAAAAAUCGAUGUUACGUAGAUAUUUAUAUUAAACGUUUGUGUUUAGCCACUGUCUAUUGGUGUUGCCAGUUGUCGAUGUUUCAAAGUAACUUCGAUGAAAUUAUACGUGCUGACAACGCUUGCCAGGAGUACAGGUGGCAAUUGACGUGCUAAACAAAUAAUAGUCGGUUUGGUGGCACCAUCAGUAUGAAUAAUAUAUUUUACACCUAAUAUUUAGUUAUCUCAGCAUACAUAUUCGUUGUCAUGUAUUUUAGUCGUAAUGUUAAGUUAGUGAGCAUAAUUUAUGUUUCUUUUACUGUGAUUUCAUUAAUAUGGUUGCAUUUUAUUAUAAUAUUGAAGUGUAAUUAUUAAUGACUAUUUAAUAUUGUAACUUUUAGUUAACCUGUUCGAUUACAAGUGUUAUUCUUUAUUAUAAUCACAAUAUUCAUUAGUAGGAAUGUAUGUUAGGAAAGUACAUUUGAUAUAUUGCAGAAAUAUUUGUUGAAUAAAUAAAGCAUUAAUAAAUUUUAUGGUGUAACGCUUCAGUACAGAAAUGAGUAGCCGAUUCUAUGUAAAAUUAAUUAGUAAAAAUUAUAAAAUAGUUAUCUUAGAGCUUGAUGAAUGUAAUCGUCAUUGUGCUUAGUAAUUGUGUCACUUAGCAUGAUGUUACUCAGACUAUCUGGUCGUGUAAUGUUAUUUAUUAAUUGUAUUUUAGUGCGUUACAAUUUAACGAAAUCUAUCGCUGGGAGGAGCUUGCGAACGUCAAGUGCGGUACUGUGGCCGACUUCAAUGUAUUAAGUAGCAUUCAUAAUAAAAAGUGCAAUACAUCCGAUAAAUUAUUAUCACAGCUACCAAUCUCGAGUUCUCAAAGAAAGAAACUGAGUGUAGGAAUCUUGCGUGUACAAGAACGUAUUCAAAGGCCAGUCUAAAUAUGCUUAUUUACUAGCAGCAUGAAAUUACAAAAUAUAGAUUGACAUAUUGCAGAGAGGUAUAAGUUAUCUUCGUAAUUACUCAAUACAUCUGUCUCAGUUAAGACUAUUUCUAGCUUGUAUCGUUUAGUUGCUAGGCAGAGCGUGUAUAGGUUGUUAUUACAUUAAAAUUAUAGCUGUGUUUGAAUAAUCCUCGAUUAUCUUAUUAAAUAUGUACACAAUAUAAUUGCUAUAUGAGAUUACUAUCAAAUAUAUUUUUGUGAAUAAAUUCGCAGCAUAUUCCUGUAAUUAUUAUUGACGGUAGAAAAUGUUUUAAGAUAGAAACGAUUGAUUAAAAGACCUUUAAUGUGAGUAAGUUAUUGUUAAUCACCUGUCUAUCACAAGUGCACCUGACUGUCAGUGCAACGUCUAUUGUUAUCGUUUGUCAUCGGAAGUCGUAGACGAAACUAGUUUUCAGUAAUAAUAUUUAUUGGCGUAAUGCAAUGUUACGAAUAUAUAAU